AUGAUGAAAGAAACAAUACUCGAUUCACCAUCCAAUAUGGUGGACUAUCUCUCGUUUUAUGUUAAUGGAGAAGAAGUUAUUGAAAGUAAUGCGGAGCCCGAUUGGACUCUUCUAUGGUAUCUCAGAAAUAAAUUGAGAUUGACCGGAUCGAAAUUGGCCUGUGGUGAAGGUGCAUGUGGAGCAUGUACAGUGCUCAUCUCACGAUGUAUCGAUCGAGAUUCUGGUCAAAUUGAACAUCGAACGAAUAGCAAUCUACCACCAACAAUACAAGAUAUUGAAGAGGCCUUCGAUGGAAAUCUUUGUCGAUGUACUGGAUAUCGGCCUAUUCUUGAUGCUGCCAAAACAUUUGCAAAAGACAUAAAUAAACUACCUUGUCAACAAUCGUCACCAACAACGUCGAUCACAUUGGACAAAUGUAUCUCAUUUGCCAGUCAAAAUUCAUCACCACCUGAUCAAGUCGAAUUUCCUCAACAAUUACGACAUCACAUUCCACCAUCGAUUCAUAUCAAAGAUAUUAGCGCUGCUUCACGAGUGCUCGGAUUUGUGUCAUUUGUCAGUCAUACCGACAUACCAGGUUCCAAUAAUACGGGUGUAUUUAUGCACGAUGAAGAAGUAUUCGUAUCAUUCAUUGCCCAGUGUGUUGGUGCUGUUAUUGGUGUGGUUCUUUGUGAAUCGGAAGGAUCAGCUCAUAUGGCCUCGGAUCUUGUUCAAAUCGAAUAUGAAUUGUUGACACCGACAAUGUUCACAAUUGAUGAUACUAUUGAGAAAGAAUCUUACUUUGGUGAUGAACUAUGUCUUCGACGAGGUGAUAUCAACAACGCUUUUGCCAAUGCUGAACAUACGUUGGAAGGAACCGAUGUUGGCACAUCACUCAAUCCUCAAAUUGAUAUUGGUCAAAUUGAAGGUGCUUUUAUGCAAGGGAUCGAUUUAUUUACCAUGGAAGAACUUGUGAGAGGCGAUCAUAGCCAACACAAAUGGAUCAAACCGGGUACAUUGUUUACCCAAGGACCGAGUAGCUACAAAAUUCCAUCAUUCAACGAUGUUCCACUCGACAUGCGUGUUUCAUUCUUGUCCAAUGCGCCGAACCCUCGAGUAAUCUAUUCGUCGAAAGGCAUUGGUGAACCACCACUCUCAUUUGAUAUCGCAGUCUUUUUUGCGCUCAAACAUGCGUGUAUGGCCUAUCGCGAACAACAAGGUUUUACUGAACAUUUUCAACUUCAUUCACCGGCUACUGUCGAACGACUUCGAAUGGCCUGUGCUGAUGAAUUCACUCGACGUGCAUGUCCCAAUGAACACGAUAAAUUUCAACCGAGAGGCUCCUAUUGA